GGUCCAGGUUCUCUUCUGUCUUGUACUUCAAGCUACAGUCCUGCCGCUAGACUGUUUUUCACUUCUUCGCCUGCUGCGCUCGAAAAAUUUUCAAAUCCACUAAUAAACUUACUGUAAUUUAGCCCUAUCUUAUCAUGGAUGUGUCCUCUUAUCUACCAGCAGUCGUUGCAGGCUUCUUGGGAUUGCUAAUAUUGUACAAUCUUACUGUAACACUUGCCCGAACCCUUGCGGCAAUGGCAGAUAAAUAUGGACCUGUCUUCACAAUCCGAAUUGGCAUAUACCGCACCCUUAUCGUUUCCAAUCAUGAGGCAGUUAAGGAGUGUUUCACCACUAACGACAAGAUCUUAGCCAAUCGCCCAAGAUCGAAUGCAGGAACAUACCUUGCUUACGACCAUGCAGGCUUUGGGUUUGCCCCUGAUGGAGCAUAUUGGCGUCAGAUGCGUAAGCUAGCCGUGCUUGAACUUCUGUCUGUCCAUAGGCUAGCGACAUUAACGCAUGUUCGAGUAUCAGAGGUGGAUGCAUUUAUAAAAAAUUUGUGCUUCUUUUGCAAGAAAAGCGAGCAGAGUCCAAAUCAAAAGAUCUCGAUUAGUCAAAGGCUUGAAGUUCUGAACUUGAAUAUGAUGCUAAGAACAAUUGCAGGGACGAGAUAUUUCUCAGAUGCUGAUGGUGAAAACGAUAAGGAAGCACAACGUGCCAUGAAGCUUAUCAAAGAAUUUUCGUACUUGCUAGGUGUUACUGCCCUCUCGGAAGUAGUUCCAUUUUUAAAAUGGAUUGAUUUCUGGGGCCAUCAAGUCAAAUCUAUGAAGCGUAUUUCGAAAGAGAUGGACUCUCUUAUUGAAAGUUGGGUUGAUGAACAUAAAUUAAGGAGGUUUAAAAUUGGAGCAAAAAACAAUCAAGACUUCAUCGACGUGCUGCUAUCUGCAAUAGAGGAUGAUUCCAUGUUUGGCCAUACACGAGAAACGAUUAUCAAGGCAACAGUAACGGUUUUAAUCUCAGCAGGUAGUGACUCGACAUCCCUUACGUUGACGUGGAUUUUGUCCAACUUGAUGAACAAUAGAAAUGCCAUGAAGCGUGCUCAAGAAGAGCUAGACCUCAAAAUCGGUAGAGAUAGAUGGGUGGAGGACUGUGAUAUUGAGAAAUUAGUCUAUCUCCAGGCCAUUAUUAAGGAAACAUUUCGCCUGUAUCCAGCAGCACCUCUAUCAGUUCCCCAUCAGGCAAUGGAAUAUUGUCGUAUUAGCGGCUACCACAUUCCAAAGGGCACUCGUUUGUUUGUGAAUGUAUGGAAGUUGCAACGAGACCCACGAACUUGGUCGAAUCCUGAGGAGUUUGAGCCCGAAAGAUUUCUCACAAGCUAUCAAAACGUGGAUAUUCUGGGCCAACAUUUUGAGCUGAUUCCUUUUGGUUCUGGUAGACGAUCUUGCCCAGGGAUGAGUUGGGCAUUGCAAGUGAUACGCUUGACAAUUGCUCGCUUGCUUCAAGGAUUUGAUUUAGCAACACCCUUAAAUGCUCCAGUGGAUAUGACUAAAGAGCCAGGAGGCACCAUGUCCAAGGCAACUCCUCUUCAACUUGUCCUCACUCCUCGCCUUCCCGAUCAUCUUUAUCAACUCUAGGUGUAACGUAAUAUCAUCCAAUAGUUAAUAUCAAGCCUCUUAGAUAUGCACUGCUAAUAUUAUGAUGCGACUGAUGUAAUAUAUGAAUAAAGCAGGGUAGUGUUGCCCCUUUCCUUUCUUUGUUCUGUGGCUAGCCGGAU